CUUUGUCAGGUUAAGGUAAUCCUACACCUGGUCUGUGUCUCACUGUUCCUAGCCUUGAUCACAUACUCCUGUCCCCUGACUGUGCUCUGCACUGCUAAUGAGGAGGAAAGUUGCCAGGUGGAAGAUGGAAUCAGUGGGGACUAGGACAGAGCUGGAGUCAGAUGUAGCUUUGGGUAGUGGCUGAGCACUGCAGCACACUGAUGGGUGGGUCUGGAGUGGUGGCUGAUGAUUAUAGCUUGUUAAAUGCCUUUUGACAUGGAAGUGAGUGGAUGGUGACAUUUGUGGUCCUUGCACGGAACUGGAAUCAGCUUGAAGCCCAUGGCCCAAAAUGACUCUUCCAGUGGCGACUCCCUUUGGUAAAGAGGGAGACCAGAUUGGAGGCUGGGAUGAGCAUGCCUCUGCACCAGAUCUCUCCAAUUCCUCUCCAGGAUACCACUUCUGCUAAAGUCCACAGAAGCAAGACCAAAGAAAAGGACAGAGGGGAACAGAAUGAGAAAACUUUGGGACGUUCCAUGAGUCAUUCAAGCAGUCUUUCUAAGGCUGGAAGUCCUCCAUCCGCAUCAGCACCGGUCUCUACCUUCUCUCGCACUUCUGUCACACCAUCUAACCAGGACAUCUGCAGUUCCGGUGCAGUGUUUUCUGACUGUUGUCACCACAGUCCCAUGCAGUCUGCUGUUGUCUUGAAAGCACCUCUCUGCCAGAGGUCUCUGACACCAGGGCUCCCUGUGACAGUUGUCUGUAAAGACACAAACUCCUUUGGUUCAGAAUGGGUCCAGGCCUUGAAGCCAAUGAAGAAUUCCAAGGCCAGAAGAACACUGAAGUUCUCGAAGUCAUUAAACGAUGUGGGCAAGAAGAUGCAGGAUGCUUUGGAAAGCUUUGACUAUGUGGAGAAGACAUGUUCUGAAGGAAAACUGGUGCCCCCUCAGCACCCAGGUCUCAGAAAGAAUGGGCUCCGUGCUAAAGAGAAAAGAGCUCUGGCCCUCCUGCCUCUUGGCCAUCCCAAGCAUUCUCAGGUCUCCUCCCUUUCUGCCAGCCAUUCAGCCACCACAGAGGUGGACACCAAUAAGGGCAGCCUGCACACCCCACUCUUAGAAGAGAAAACGGAUGGUGAAUCUGGGUCUCGAAGCCGACGGCGACUCCGGUACCUGUUCUCGCUCUCCCACAGCUCGAGUGCCAGCAGUCUGCACAGGUUCCAUGAGCUGGAGAGUCAUGCCACUCACCUGCAUGCCACCAAGUCCUCCAGUGGGCUGGCAGGGAGCCCUGGCUUCUGCUCUGAUGAGAUGGGAGAUGACGACGUCUUUGAGGACAGCACUUCCAUCACACUGAAGAGCAGGGGCCUGCGGGCACCCCUGUGCUCAGUGGAGAAAGACAGUGACCUGGACUGCCCCUCUCCGCUUUCUGAGAAAUGCCCCCCCAUCUCGCCUGUGUCCAUCUCAGGGGAUGCCUGCAGGAUCUGCCACUGUGAAGGUGAUGAUGAGAAUCCUCUGAUGACGCCUUGCCGCUGCACAGGCAGCCUCCACUUUGUGCACCAGGCCUGCCUGCAGCAGUGGAUCAAGAGCUCAGACACGCGCUGCUGUGAGCUCUGCAAGUAUGAGUUCAUCAUGGAGACAAAGCUGAAGCCUCUGAGGAAAUGGGAGAAGUUGCAGAUGACAGCCAGUGAGCGCAGGAAGAUCAUGUGCUCAGUCACCUUCCAUGUCAUCGCCAUCACCUGUGUCGUUUGGUCCUUGUACGUGCUGAUUGACCGCACCGCGGAGGAGAUCAAGCAGGGCCAGGUAACAGGAAUCCUAGAGUGGCCCUUUUGGACUAAGUUGGUGGUUGUAGCCAUUGGCUUCACCGGAGGACUUCUUUUUAUGUAUGUGCAGUGCAAGGUGUACCUGCAGUUAUGGAAGAGACUCAAGGCUUAUAACAGAGUGAUCUAUGUUCAGAACUGUCCAGAAACAAGCAAAAAGAAUAUUUUUGAAAAACCUGCACUAACAGAGCCCAACUUUGAAAAUAAAGAUGGACGUGGAAUCUGUCGUUCCGACACAAACUCUUCUUCUUGCACAGAGCCUGAAGACACUGGAGCAGACAUCAUUCACGUCUGAUGCUGGAAGGCGCUAUUCCCUUGGACAUACGCGAAGAGCUGAAGGAAUUUGUUUACUGCCAACCAUGUACCUUUCUUGAGUCCUUUAAUAGCAUAGACUAGGCAGGUGACUUACGGUGGCCUCUUUCUUUUUGACCCUCCUUGGCAAGUCUCCUGAAAGUCCUGUGGAACAGACAGCACUGGGCCCCACUUCUGUCUGCUGCUGUAUGCGACAGGAAGGUGAGAGACCCCAUGCUGACACCAUGGCUGAGUUCUGGACCACCCUCUGGAACAGAACAAGGGAGUAAAGGGCCAUGCCAUGAUCAGCAGGGCCCAAAGCUGGCCAUCCCUGCCAGAACCCAGGGCUGGGAAUGUGCAGGGCUGGGUGAGGAGAGUCCCCAUGGACAGGCACUUGCCCCUCUGUUGGCAUUUGAGCAGAUGAGGCCUCACAGCUCAGUGGCACUUGGUUUACUGAGCAAACAGCACUUUAUACAAAAAAAGAAUCUUUAUUUUGUGAUACCUGUGUCUAGUGGGGUUGACACUAAAAAGAGCAUCACACUCAGAAAUGUCCCUUCAUUUCCCUUCUUAGCUCCUUGACAUCAAAGUAGAUCUGGAACCUGUUUUGCCUUAUGUACAUUGAGUAGUGAGAUGUCCUCUCAGUGCCCAGAAAACAGACGUGCUGGUCAGCAGGGCAGAGGUUGACCAUAGCCCAUUGGAUGGCAGCAAUGGAUGCUGAGUAGCAGUGAGCAUGAUUCCUGCUUCCUGUGGCUUUGAGCCUGCUCCAGCUUGCCAUGCAUUGGUUUUGUCAACACUGAAGAAAGUUUUGAGAUAGAGGCAGAAGGAAGAGAAUGAGUGGUUAGGGCAGCCAAGUACUUAGGAAAUGUCCCUUGACAGAUAGCUCUCUACACUGGGAGUCAGCUGUGUGUGGGAAGGCAUCAUGGCAUGGGCACUCACAGGCUGACUCCUACAGGAGCCACAGGACUUGCUGUUGAGGGCUAGGAAGUAGGCAGCUGAUUCUGGUAGGGCCUGGCAUGAGCCACAAACCACCAUGGGCUUCUCUGUCACACUCUGCAACUCACACCAACCCAUUGUCGCCUUAACCACAUACAACAGACAGGAUGGGCCUGGGUCCCACACUCAGUCCAUUCUGUCAUCAGGGAUUACCUUCUGCACCAUUUUUCUUACCACAGACAAAACCAAAAACACUAGCAUCAAAUGGACUUUGCCACUUUAAAAAGCCAGUGUCAGUCCCAGGCAGAUAGUCAACUCCAGAGGGGGCUGUGGGCCUGCCAUGUGACACAAGUGUUCCAGAGCCUCGAGUCUCCUGGGGUGGGGUAGGGUGAUGCCUGGGUAUCCUGCCCGGAAGGGGGUGGAGCAAACACGGAUGGUCUCUUUGCAGCUGCAUAGAGAAGCCCUGUGGUUGGAGAGGCAGGAGGUGGUGGAAGGUCUCUGAGCUGGGGGAGGCUGAGGGAACAGGUCUUGUCUUGCUGCUUCUGGAUCUAACUUGCUGGAAUCACAGGGCCUAUGGGAGCUGUCAGCGUGUCCUCCCUGUGUUCCUGCUCUUAUCUAGUCUGUCCUUGUGCUCACUGUGCCCUAAAGUGCAAUUACCCACAUUCCUUCUCAGCCUGGGGAUACCAGGCAGCUACAGGCUGCCCACUCAGAGGAGCCAAGCCCCAGGCAGCCUUGCCUGUACCCCUUAGGAGCUGCCCUGGCUGGGUUCACAGUCUUGUCCACCUGUCCCUACCCCCCUCCCAACAGUAGAUGAGUUUAAGUAGAGGCCAAGAUCAGUGUGAGUCUCCCCAUGGGGCCCCUCAGGCUGAACUUGAAAGGCACAGAUACUUUCUGUACAGAGGAAAGUGCACUUAGGAGAAGUCCUUGCAGUCUUUCCCCUGGAGGAGGGGGCAGCACCCCUCUUAUGGCCACUAGCCUCUGUGCUUUUGUGGGGCCAUCUGUGCAGUUUUUGUCUCCGUUUGUGUCUGUCUGUAGUGGGAGGAUGGCAUGGGGUCGAACCAAACAGUCCUGGGACAAGGGCUAGGAGGGCUGGUGCUUGUAGGCUAGGCAAAGGGGAAGAAGGAAGCUGUCUCAGGGUGUUACUGCCAGCCCUCCCUCUAGCUUGGUCUUAGUCCCACUGAUGGGCUUCUGACUUUAGCUGCCAGAAGUCAUUUGGGGUGUGUGUCCAACUUUAUUGUAAGAAAGGAUUUUCAGGAAAUGUUGUAAAAGUUCUUUUCCUAUUUUAAACUUGUGUGUCUCCUUCAGUGCUCUCUUCAGUAGUAUAGACCUUGUUUCUAAACCUGUAGGCCUCUUGGUAGCCUUGGGAGGCUCCUGCAAGGGGCUGUGGGGCUGGGCUGCAGGUGAGGAGCAUGCCCCCCAAGGGCAUGGCUGCAUGCGGGUUCCCAUGCAAAGUGCUACCCCCUCUGCAUCUGAUUUGAAAUAUGCAGCUUCCAAGCCUAGCCCACGGCAGGGUGGAAUGUAGGGAACCUAAAGGCAUUUUUUUUUGUUUUGGAAAUAAUUAAAGCUGUCCAGCUGAUGGGUGCACAUUUAGAUCUCAGUGUUUAUAGAAAGUUGGUUGUUAAUAAAAACCAAAUUUACACUGGCAUGUGUGGUGUAGUUCCUAAAAGAGACUUCAUAUUUGAAAUAUUUCUUAGAAAAUUUCUAGUAAUCUAAAUGUCUAGUUUUGUAUCCUUUUGUGUAUGUUCACUGUUUCUCAGUAUUACCACUUGAGUAAUUCUCUGUAUGGGGAGUUGUUGUGCUAUACAAGGGGUGUCUAAUAGCAGCAAUAAAGCCUUUCUUUACAAAGGA